AUGGAUAUAAGUGCACGGGAUCAUAUUAUUGACGCCAUCGAGAGCUACUUGGAUGCGUCCGUCCAGAUUACUCAAGCCUUGGUCCGAGAAGACUCGAGCAAUCCGCCAGGCGAUGUCUGCGCAAUUGCAACGACCGCACUCCAAGUCAUCCGAGAAUGCAUCCCGACAGCAGAAAUGACUACAUACCAGACAGCACCUCAUGUACGCAAUGUUGUAGCCGUCAUUAAAGGGACAGCUGACGGCCCAGGUCGGAGACUAUUGUUCAGCGGACACUUGGAUGCUUACCCAUUUGUCCCGGAGCAAUGGAGCAUGCCGCCGCUUGGAGGCAGCUUGAAUGAUCAAGGUACCCGUCUAUAUGGACGCGGGUCAUCAGACAUGAAGGGCGGAAUAGCUGCAUCAAUUGUGGCUGCCAGUGUUCUCUCGAAGUUCUCCGACAAGUGGAGUGGAGAAGUCGUCAUUGCGCUUGCUGGAGACGAGGAGACAAUGGGAUCACUGGGUUCUGCAUAUCUUCUAGAGCAUGUAGAGCCUGUUCGUCAAGCGGAUGCGGUCAUAUGUGGUGAUGCUGGCUCACCGAGCGUUGUUCGAAUCGGAGAAAAAGGUCUAGUUUGGCUUGAGGUCACGGCAGAGGGAGUCGCCUGCCACGGUGCGCACGUGCAUCGCGGCAAGAAUGCAAUCGAGAGACUCAUGGAGGCACUCAUGGUACUCAAAGACCUGGAGAAGCUACAAACUGAGGCACCGGACGAGGUAGAGCAGGUCAUGGCAGAUGCCAAGCCCAUCUCUGAGCCUCUCGGUGGUGCAGGUGAAUGGGAAACCUUGCAAAGAGUGACGGUUAAUAUCGGCAAGAUAUCAGGUGGAGUGUCUGCAAAUCUGGUCCCAGACAACGCUCAAGCUUCCAUCGACAUUCGGUUACCUAUUGGUGUCUCGGCGGCCACCCUGCUCGAAGCGGUGCAGUCUCGCCUGCAGCGUCUCGAGGGUAUAUCCUUUCAAGUUGUGCAAAAAUAUGACGCGACAUGGACCAAUCCGUCCGAGAAGAUUGUUCAAGAUGUCUGCAAGGUUGUAGAGGACAUGGUGCCGACAGAGACGACCAUCAAUAACCGUGUCGGCGCUUCGGACACCAGACUGUUCCGUGCAAAAAAUAUACCGUCGGUAGUCGUAGGAUUGACGCCCAACAACAUGGGCGGGCCUGACGAGUAUAUUGAGGUGGCUGAACUGCAUCAAUUGUGUCAUAUUCAUACACUGGCAGCAUGGCAGUUUCUCACAACUUGA